AUGGCAUUUUCCCACUCUGUCCAUCAGUUGGUAGAGAACACAGAUGAGACCUAUUCCAUCAACAAUGAAGCUCUCUAUGACAUUUGCUUUAGAACCCUGAAGCUGACCACACCCACUUAUGGUGACCUGAACCACUUGGUGUCUGCCACCAUGAGUGGAGUCACCACCUGUCUGAGGUUCUCAGGCCAGCUGAAUGCUGAUCUGUGCAAACUGGCAGUGAACAUGGUGCCAUUCCCCUGCCUGUACUUCUUCAUGCCAGGGUUUGAACCUCUAACCAGCCAUGGUAGCCAGAAGUACCAUGCUCUGACGGUACCUGAACUCACUGAGCAGAUGUUUGAUUCUAAAAACAUGAUGGCUGCCUGUGACCCCUGCCAUGGCCUCUACCUGACUGUGGCUGCCAUCUUCAGGGGCCACAUGUCUAUGAAGGAGGUGGAUAAGCAGAUGCUCUAUGUGCAGAACAAAAACAACAGCUACUUUGUGGAGUGGAUCACCAACAAUGUGAAGAUAGCCAUGUGUGACAUUCCACCCCGUGGCCUCAAGAUGUUUGCCACCUUCAAUGGCAAUAACAUGGCUAUUCAGGAGCUGUUCAAGUGUAUUUCAGAGCAGUUCAUGGCCAUGUUCUGUCAUAAGGCUUUCUUGCACUCGUACACAUGUGAAGGCAUGGAUGAGAUGGCGUUCACUGAAGCAGAGAGAAACAUGAAUGACCUGGUGUCUGAGUAUCAGCAGUACCAAGAUGCCACUGCUGAUGAACAAGGGAAAUUUGAGGAGGAAGAAGGGGAGGAUGAGGCUUAG